UAUGAUGGUCCUUUUAAAAUUAUAUGGAAGAUCAGUCCAGUCAUAUACCAGCUCAGACUCUCAGUAUCUUAUAGAAUUCAUUCUAUCUUGAAUAUCACACAUUUGAAAAGAUAUUCUACAUCUCCUCUAGAAUUUGGAAUUCAGACCAUUAAAAAUAUAGUGAAUGCACACUUCAAAAAAUUACUAGAAGUUGAAGUUGGGAAGAUAGAAGGAGAAAGAAUGUUCAAGACUUCAGGCAAGUACUGA